CUAAUUCAUUUACUAAUACUGAGAUAACAACACAAUACAAUUAUUAACUUAUAAACUAAUUAUCAUCAUCAUCAACGACGACAAUACUAAUAAUAACACCGCCCUUCGCCGGGGGAAUGGAUAGUAUCGGAGAUGACUAUUUGAAUUCCUUAGGGACUGACAUCUUCAUAGGAGAAGAGCUCGACAGUUGGGCAUUGGAAGAGCCGCUUUCUGCUUAUUAUGAUUCGAGUUCGCCGGAUGGAUCGGCGGCUUCGAAGAACAUUGUAUCGGAAAGGAAUAGAAGGAGGAAGCUUAACGAGAGGCUUUUUGCACUCCGAUCGGUUGUUCCGAAUAUAACUAAGAUGGAUAAGGCUUCAAUUAUAAAAGAUGCGAUCGAUUACAUCCAUGAUUUGCAUGACCAAGAGAGGAGGAUUCAAGCUGAAAUUUAUGAGCUCGAAUCGGGGACUUUGAAGAAGAUAACAGGGUAUGAAUUCGACCAGGAUCAACUUCCCUUACUGCUAAGAUCGAAGAGGAAGAAAACAGAGCAAUACCUCAGUUAUGAUUCUCCUGUUUCAAGAAUUUCCCCAAUUGAAGUCCUGGAUCUUAGUGUAACAUACAUGGGAGAUAGAACAAUAGUAGUGAGCAUGACCUGCUGCAAAAGAGCAGAUUCAAUGGUUAAACUCUGUGAAGUUUUUGAGUCACUCAAGCUCAAGAUCAUCACUGCCAAUAUUACUACUGUCUCUGGAAGGCUUUUGAAAACUGUCUUCAUUGAGGCUGAGCAAGAGGAGAGAGAUUACUUGAAGAUUAAAAUAGAAACAGCCAUUGCAGGUCUUAAUGAUCCUCAUAGCCCCAUGAGUAUUGAAUCCACAAAUGGAAGACACACACGAAAAGAGAGAUCGGACGGCUGGAAACUAGUUCUCUCCCUGAUCAGAUUUUUCCAUUUUGCUCUUUCUUGGGGUUGUAAUGUCACAUAAAAUUGUUUUCCUUGUUGAGAGAGUUCUCCUUUCAGGGGUUUCGAGAAAUUUUUUUCCUUGGUCUAAGAAGAUAUCAAAUGUAGGAAUGUAUUUACAUAAUGAUAUUAUAGAGUGUUUACAUAA